AUAAUGCACAAACCUAGUUAGGGUUUUUCUGAGACUCAGUUUUACUCGCGUCGCAGUUACACAGCAGCUGCAGCAAUGGCUCCCAAACGAGGUGGAAAAGCUCCCGUACCAGCUGCUAAAAAGAAGCCUGAGAAGGUUACGAAUCCUUUGUUUGAGAAGCGUCCAAAGCAGUUCGGAAUCGGAGGGGCGUUGCCUCCUAAGAGAGACCUAACCCGAUUCGUGAAGUGGCCGAAGACCGUCCAGAUUCAGAGGAAGAAGAGGAUAUUGAAGCAGAGGUUGAAGGUUCCACCAGCUUUGAACCAGUUCACUAAGACCCUCGACAAAAACCUAGCAACAAGCCUUUUCAAGAUUCUUCUGAAGUACAGGCCUGAGGAUAAAGCAGAAAAGAAGGAGCGGCUAUUAAAAAGGGCUCAGGCUGAGGCUGAGGGCAAGACAGUUGAAGCUAAGAAGCCUAUUGUUGUGAAGUAUGGUCUCAAUCAUGUUACCUACCUUAUUGAGCAGAACAAAGCACAGCUUGUUGUGAUUGCUCAUGAUGUGGACCCAAUUGAAUUGGUUGUCUGGCUUCCAGCUUUGUGCAGGAAGAUGGAAAUUCCAUACUGCAUUGUGAAGGGCAAGGCACGAUUGGGAUCGAUUGUGCAUAAGAAAACUGCGUCUGUUUUGUGCUUGACAACUGUUAAGAAUGAGGACAAAUUGGAGUUCAGCAGAGUCUUAGAGGCUAUCAAGGCUAACUUCAAUGACAAGUUUGAUGAGUACAGAAAGAAGUGGGGAGGUGGGAUCAUGGGAUCCAAAUCCCAAGCCAAAACCAAGGCAAAGGAAAAGCUCCUAGCUAAGGAAGCUGCUCAGAGGAUGUCUUAGGAGUUUCGU